CUCCAAUUAAAAAGGCACGGUGCGGGCAGGCUGGGGAGAAGGCUUGAACGGCAGCUUUGUUAACCAGCACCAAUCUAGCCCACAGCAAUUUACACACACAAGUCAUUCACCAGCUGCUGCCAGGAGUACGCACCGUAGCACUCUGCUAUAGUGCUCCGAUAGAGCUGACACCUUGAAAAAAGAGGUGGGAGAAGGAAAGGACGAGGCUUGUAAUGGAUCUGAGCCCAGGAAUUCAAAAGAUGUCUGUAAGCCAGCAGCAAUCAGGAAGAGGGGUGCCUUGUCUGCGAUGCAGAGGGAUGUGUACAGGCUUUGAGCCACAUUCUUGGAGGAAAAUAUGCAAGUCAUGCAAAUGUAGCCAGGAGGAUCACAGCUUGAGCUCUGAUGCAGAAGAUGAUCGGAAAAUUGGCCGCUUGUUGUCUGACUCCAAGUAUUCUACGCUCACUGCCCGGGUGAAAGGUGGCGAUGGUGUUCGCAUCUACAAAAGGAACCGCAUGAUCAUCACUAAUCCUAUUGUGUCUCGGAAAGAUCCAACGUUUGACACGAUAACUUAUGAGUGGGCUCCACCAGGACUGACCCAGAAGCUGGCUAUACAGUACAUGGAACUGAUUCCAAAGGAUAUGCAACCAGUUGCCGGCACGGAAGGGGCAUCCUAUCGUCGUAGGCAGUUAAUGAGGCAGCUCCCCAUUUAUGACCAGGACUCUUCCCACUGCCAUGGCCUUGCUGAAAGUGAGAUAAAGCUUAUGGAAGAUUUUGUAAAGAAAUAUAAAAGUGAUGCUCUGGGAGUUGGUGAAGUUGCACUUCCUGGCCAAGGUGGCAGUGCCAAGGAGGAAGGGAAGCAGCACGACAAAAAUGCAGCUGCAAGUAAACUGCCCAUUUCAGCCAACGGAGCCCUGAGUGAUGCACCAACGGGAGUGGAGUAUUGCUGCGAGAACUGCAAACAGGUGGUGCCUACGGACUGCCCUGUGGUGUACGUGGACAGAGCGGGCUACAAUCGCCAGUGGCACCCAGGCUGUUUUGUAUGCUACAAGUGUUCUGAACCUCUGGUUGACCUGAUCUACUUCUGGAAGAACGGUGCGGUUUGGUGUGGGCGCCAUUACUGUGAGAGUAUAAAACCACGCUGUGCAGCUUGUGAUGAGAUAAUAUUCUCAGAGGACUACCAGCAAGCUGAAGGGUUGACCUGGCACAAGAAACACUUUACCUGCCUGGUAUGCGAGACCCUGCUGACUGGCAAAUCCUUCAGCCUGGAUAAAGCCAAGCUUCUAUGUACAACUUGCAGUAAAACCAAACAUCCGUAAACACCUAAUACUUGAGAAUCCAAAGUCUGCUCUCAUAGAUCCAAGUUAGAAUUGGUGUAAAUUGACAAAUAUGUGGAAAGGGAUGGAGGGGGAAAAUCACUUUGUGUUUCGCUCAAACUAGAGUCUGGCGGUUCACUGCCAGGCAACUAGAAACCAACUCCCCCCACCUUAAACCGUUAAAUUGAAGGAAAAUAACCCUUUGGGGAGGAAACAAAAAGGAAAUUCACAUGCUAGGGGACAAGAAGGAGAUCUCUGGUCUCUUACUGGGAAAGAAUUGCACUAACGCACUGGCAUAAGUCGUUUCUGGGAGAUCAGAUCCACUAGGCUAAACCUUGUGAUUAGCAUGUGACUAAUCUGAACCCAAGAAAUCCAGAAACAUGCAGACUUUUGGUUCAACUGUAAGAUCUUGCUGCAUCCUUUUUAUAAUGACACAUUUCAAAAGCCCUUUUCUGGCAUACUAAACCUAUGGUCAAUAACUAGUUUUAUGGAGUACGUGUAUUCAUAGAAAACUAGCAAUUUGUACUAAAUCAAUAGAUUCAAAGAAUUAAAUUAACCUAAGAAAUUGUUGUGGGUAGGAAAAUUGUAUCCAUUGUGGAAAUAAGCAGGCUUUUCCUUGUUGGUGUAUAAUGUCCCACAUUUUCACUGUAAUUUUGCCAUAUUAAUUGCCUGCAAGAAUUUUGGUUGCAGGUAGAUUAUUGCAGUCCUCCUGUGAGCCAUGUAUAUCUAGGCUGAUGGCAGAAUGGAGUGAUUAUAAGGGCAAUUGACUAAUCCCACUAUUUAAUUGGAGUUUUGAUAUGAUGAAAAAUUCCUGAAAAUUCUUAGACUUGUAGCCCCGAGGCUACAGGCUUUAACCUCCUACUCACCUCUCAUCCCUUUUUAUAGUUAGUGAAUUUCUGGGGAGAGGCGUGGUAUUAAUGGGAUGGCCUGAACAGUGGGAUUUAUUUGGAUUUGUGUACCAUUGGUUUUUGGUCUGGCAGUCUCACAGAAACCAACUUUCUCAUCAGAACAGUCUUGGUUCUUGCUGUGCCUGAUACAUUAGGAUAACAUUUUAAUGCUCCCACCCAAGAAACUGAAAAAGGAUUCUUAACUUCCAGACCCUCCCAAUCCUCUUAUCAAUUCCCUAAGCCCAUCUGAUUCUGGUAAUAGACCAAAAAGAACAUCCAAAUGGUACAGAUGGGUAUAAGCCUGGUUUUCUAUAUUAUAUACCCAAAUUACUCGCUAAAGAGAACUGUAAUAGUUUGCAACAAUAUUUCCAUACUAGAUAUGUAAAAUGCUUGGGAUUGCUGCCUAAACUUUCCUUAAACUAUAGAAGAUAUGUUUUACUUUCAGCCAGACUAGGUAUAACUGCAUGCUGAGUGUGAACAAUUUCUGUAAUAGUACUGAAAAUGAAAAUGUGGUGAAUUUGAACAUGCAACAAACAUAUUGGCAUAAGCAGUUGAAAGCUGGAUGCACGUAUCCAGUUCCCAGUUCUUCACACCUUUAUUGCAGGCACAACUGCACACGCAGUCGCACCGCACGGGUGUACAUUCUACAUGUUCCAAGUGAAACCUAAGUUUACUCAAACCCAACUUCACACCUGAAAAGGAGAACAUCUGCCAAUAUAGAUGAAUCAACAUAAGCCUAUAUCUGGGAAUAGGGGUGGGAAUGGAUAAAUCCACAUAGGGAGGUCUGUAAAAACAUAAUGGGGACUCUUAUGAUGCACAUAAUAAAGGUUCUGUUAUGAAUGCCGCUGACUUAGUUGACAUGUUUAUAAUUGGUAUUCCUGGACAUGCUUGGACAUUUAAAAAUAAAAUCCUACCUCCAGGACUGAUGUAUUGUUAAGGAAUUGUUAAGCUCUAUCUGAAUGAAUAGCUUUGGAUACAAGUAGUCAAUGAUCGUUGAAAGUUAGCAAUGUGUGAAUGGAAAAUAAAAACCAGUGGUUUCAUUUUACUGCACCCUUCAUGUCCUUUAUAGUAUCCUGAAUUAUUGCUGCCCAAUGUAUGUGAACUAUCUAAAAUCCAUCUGACAUUUAAAAAAAAACUCAAAACAAUGUACUUCUGUACCUUAAACGAUUAAGAAGGGUAAAAAGCACACACUGCAUGCAAUCGGUGGUGACAAUAGCCUGAAUCCUGUAGAGAAUACUCUUUCAAUAAAGAAAUUAGCAGCCAGACAGCAUUUAAUGACAGGUAUUCACUUUCCAUUUGUGCACAAAGCAUGCUAUGUUGUAGCCAAAUUAUUUCAUAAGAGGGAAAUAUGAAAAAAAGAAUGUGUUGAAGAAACCUACAAAUCACAUGUAAUGAGUCAAUAAAACAAAGUUCUUUUUAAAUGUAGCAAAUAUCACUCUUGCCGUGAAUACAGUACAUCUUUAGUCUACCCCCUACAGAGUAAUUGGUUUCUUCUUUUGCUUCAAGUAAACUGGCUGCUUAUUCCUUGCAUUAUAUUUGCUUUGAGAUGGACACAGAAGCAAUAGGCGUCUAAAGCCAACGAUAUUCAGGACAAGUUCAGAUUUCAUCUAAAAAUGUCUCCGCUAUUGCAGUUCAUAAAGAGAUUACCUUACACAUAUAAUCUUCCUCUUUUAAAAUAAUAAAACCUGCUCAGCAUGAACAUGCGGUGGAACAAAUUGUUCUUGUUUUGAUAUUUCAAAAGACUUUUUGCAUGGUGGUAAUAUGUAUAAAUGUCAGAGCCAAUGAAGGCAGAACACUGGUGCCUUCAAGUCAGAGGACUUUAGAAUCGUAGUGAAACUGUGGGAAGAAAACAUCUUUUCAGAUAUUUUGCUGGCAGUUAUUUCAUUUUCUUUCGUGUACAGUUUGUCUUGCCCGGGGCCUGACUGACAUUGGUUACACUGGUUUUGUACCUGUGCAGCUUCACUGACUUCUGGUGUGAUUUUUCCAUUGUGCCACAGUCCCUUUGAAUUAGCACAAAGAGGCAGUAAACUUGGGGGAUCCAGCCACUCGAUAGUCCUAUGUGACAUAAAAUCAGCUCAAUGAUUCUAGGUAACACCUCUUCCCACCCUUACCCCUCCACAGCUUCUGGCAUCUCAGGGUGGGACUUUGCAAAGGGCACUGGGGUAGGGAAAGCAUGGCUACAGCUCAACUUCACUCUGUCCCUGGAUGCCAGAAUGACAUUUGGAGCUAUAGGCAGCUAGGCCAUAAGUGUCCCUGAUGGGUUUGAAGGGCUGAAGCAACCCCUCAAAAUAGGGGGAGGUACCUGGGGGCAUAAAGUAUGAUGGAGAAAAUAGCUAGUCCUAAUUUAAACUGGACUGGUAUAGCAGAUCAGAGUUGGGCAUGAAAUUAGCUAGUGAAAGAAGCUUUCUAUUUUCUACCCAGUUUUUUUGUAAGAAUCUGGUCCUACAGAUCCUUGAUAUGUGAGUAGUCCUUGCAUAAGUAGUCCUAAUGAAUGAGACCAUUCCCAUAAGGAAGGGUUGGCAGAAUCAGGUUCUUAAUUUCCAUUCUGAAACUUUUUUGUUGUUGUUAUGGGCCAAAAUAUUUUGUAUCAUAUGGGUGUAAGUCUGGUAUAAUUCAAUUAACUAGUUAUAGAUUUUCAUCUGUACAAUUAAGAGCAGAAUUUGCCCUAGUGUUUGAAUUACUGGAAUAAAAUUUUAAGUUUAACUCUCUUAGAAUUUAAAACAAACUUAUUGUUUGUGUUUUAAAAAAUAAUUGAAUAAACUCCUGUUUUGACCAUUCUCAA